AUGCACGCACCACUCGUCCUCGCCCUCGCACUGGCGUCGGCCAUCAACACCAACGCUGCGCCGUCCCCACACCCUAACGCAGCUGCGGAUGAUGCUGCCACCCCUGUCGCAAAGCGCGGUCCCGGUGUCACCACCCUCCAGCUCACACACCACAACAACCGCCGCUUCGACCAGGACCCCAAGGUGCGACGCGCCUGGGCCCGCGACCAGCUCGUGAACGCCCGUAUCAAGCACGCCCGCAUGCUCGAUACCGAGGGCCAGGAGCAGGCCAAGCGCGACCUCGACUGGAUCAACGGCGAGCGCGAGCUUCGGAACGCAAAGCGAGCGAGCAGCCAGGUAGACAUGACCAACUGGGGUCGCGACUUGCAGUACACCGCAAAUGUCAGCAUUGGAACUCCGGCGCAGAACUUUGAUAUUGUGCUUGACACGGGCUCGUCGGACCUGUGGGUCAUGGACCGGUGCACGUCCGCUAUCGAGUGUGGUGGCGCACCAGUGUUCGACACGGCAAAGUCGUCAACGUUCAAGCUGAUCAACAACUCGUUUGCGAUCGAGUAUGGCAAGGGCACGACCGACGGCUCCUACGUGAGAGACGUCGUGUCCAUGGGCGGCUUUACCAACAACAAUCAGGUGUUUGCCACUGCCGACAAUGUCACCGACUGGAACCAGCAAGGCACAACUGUUGCUGGUCUCAUGGGUCUCGCCUGGCAGACCAUCGCCACCAACACCAUCCUGCCCUUCUGGCAGGCCGUAUCGUCCACCUGGGACAGCCCCAUGUUCAGCAUGUACCUCGGCCGCGAGACCUCGACUCUCAACUGGACCGACACCACCAGCUACAUCCACCCGGGUGGCCAGAUCACCCUCGGUGGCACCGACACGUCCAAGUACACUGGCAGCAUCAACUGGGUCUCGUUCCCCGCCACUGCCAAGGACUACUGGCGUAUCCCUCUUGACGGCAUCAGCAUCAACGGCCAGAACAUCGACGUGUCGAGCAGCUCCGGUGGCAUCUUUUCGUCGAGCUCGGCGACAAACUGGGCACUCAUCGACUCUGGCACGUCACUCAUCAUGGGCCCGUACAGCAACGUUGACAACAUUUACGCUGCCAUCCGCGGCUCCGAGCAGGUCCAGCAGGGCGUGUACGUCUUCCCUUGCGACACCCUCCCUUCGAUCCAGGUCGACAUUACCUUUGGCGGCGUGGCAUACAGGCUCUACGAGUACGACAUGAUUGCCACUGUCAUUCCGGCCUCGGAGCUCAGCACCAGCAGGCUCCCGUACAACUACUACUGCGUCGGCGCCUUCCAAGGCAUGGCCCAGUCCCAGAUUUCGUGGAUCUUCGGCGACACUUUCAUGAAGAACGUCUACUCGGUCUUCCGCAUGGACCCCCCUGCUAUCGGCUUUGCGACCCUCGCCGACUCGGCAAACAACACGUUCACAGACUACCAGUCGGCGGCUACCGCCCCUAUCCCGACCGGGUCGACCAGCUCGUCGUCUGGCUCAUCGUCGUCGGGCAAUGGCAGUGGCAGCGGCAGCGACACUGGCACGAGCUCGGGCUCGGGCUCGGGUUCGGGCAAGAGCGGUGCUUCGGGCCUCGCCAUGUCUGGUGCCCUCCUCGCUGCCGGCCUGACCGUCUCCAGCCUCUUCUAA